AAGAAAUGAUCGCUCGGAAAAAGCAAUGGGAAAAGGUUCUAAAACUGGAGAAGAAGAUUCAAUAUCUUUGUCGCUGCCAUCGUUCAAAUUCAACGUAGAGUCCUGAUGUUACUAUGGUAACCAACAUGGCCACGGAGCUGGUAUGCGUAAUUACGUCGCAAAUGAAACGUUCUUUGGCUAGACCAUGAAUGGAUUGGAUCAUGGUAAUAUUGUCAUCAUUGUCGGGCCGGUCAUUAUCACUAUAGUUGAUAAUGAAUGUUGUUAUGGUGAUCAGGUUAUGGUUGGAUCCAAAGUUGGUGUUCGUUCACUUUCCGAUAUUUUUCCUAUGUAUUUUUAUACUAUAUUCUUUAACAAUGGUUUAAAAUAAGCAUUAUUUGAAUUUUUGUACAAAUCGUGCAAAUAGCCCCGUUUCCAGGUCCCGCUGUUCGUAGCGAAAAAACAUCGAAAUUUCGGUAUAUGUAGCCGAACAUGGUGUUUACGUUACUGCACGUCAAUUGAGGAUUAAAUGUAUCAUUAAUUUGGAUUAUAUUCGCAAAAAUGAAUUCCUGGGAAGUGAGCACAGCUCCGAUGUGUCGAGCUUGUAUGGAAAUUGAUGGCACAUUUGUUCCUAUGGACGACGGUUCCCCUGGCAAGAAAAAUUUACUGUGGAAACUUGUUGAUUUAACGUCGAUUGAGAUUAACAGAAACGAUGGCUUGCCGACCAUGCUCUGCACAAAAUGUGCUUAUCGCACAAAUGCUUUCUAUGAAUUUAAAAUUCAAGUUAAGGAAACCGAAUGGAAACUUAAAAAAAUGUUUGAGGUUACAUCCGAUUCCUUCAAGGAAGAGAUUUUCGAUAAUGACCGCGUGAAUAUCGUAGAUGCAGAAUCGCCGGAAACUCCAGAGGAUUUUAUCAACUACACGGAUCUGAAUGUUUCGAAGGAACAAGCCAUUCAAAUAUUAGAAGUUACAAAUGACAUGCUAGGUCCCACACUGCAGAACAUUUGCCUCGAACCUCAAAGUAUUCAACUCCUAAAAGAUGAGAAAAGCAAUGACAUCACAAAUAUUUUCAACUCCAGCGCUAUACAAUACGCAAUAGCAUAUAUUCCUGACGAAACGAUAAGUUCUGUACUAAAUAGAGACGCAAUUCAAUCGGUUCUUGACAAUCCGGAAAUCAGUUUAGAAACCACUACUAAAUUUAAACACUCAGAGUGUCUUCAAACUAAUGCAGCAAACGAACCAUCAAAUAAUUUGCAGUCUGUAGAAGUUAUCGAAGCCCUGGUAAACUCACAUCUGGAGGGAGAUAACCUGGAAGAUCCAAACGUAGAGAAUGCUAAGUUACAAGCAUCUGAUGGCGAUCCAACUUUCAUCACUGAGAACAAUGGGAACCAAGAAAUGAACGAGAACAGAAGACGUGAAAAUUCAUUUGACAGUGAAGAGUCUGAUUCUGAAUAUUUUAUCGGUCCAAAAGACGAUAUAGUGGGCAGCCUCAACGACACGAUAACGAGGAUCAAGGAAAUAAAAAAGGACAAAGACCAAGUGGAGUAUCAAUGCACCCUUUGUUUGCAAAACUAUAGCGAACUCUCAAGAGUUUUGACUCACAUAGUGGAAAACCAUGUACCCAGUACAGGCCCAUUCUUCUGUAUCGUAUGUGAAAAGGACUGCGAAAGUCGUCGAGAAUUGAGAUCACAUGUCAAGACCCACACUGGACAGUUUCCCUAUACUUGCUUCAUCUGUAAUAAGACUUAUGCGACGAAAAGAUACCUGAAGAGACACAUGGUCUGUCACGCAGAUUUCCCGAGACAUCGUUGUCCGAAAUGUGGUGUUCGUUACAAACUCAAAUCCGAAUUAGAAAUUCAUUUAUCGACUCAUACUCACGGACCAGCAUAUCAAUGCAGUCAGUGUUCGCGAGUGUUUAACCACAAAGGGAACUACAAGCGCCAUCUGAUGUCUCAUUUAGAUCCGCUAAGUCUCCACCUUCCAAAGUAUCCUUGUGACGUGUGCGGAAAACGCUUUCUCAACAACCGAACUCUGGAAACUCAUCGGAGAGUGCACACUGGAGAAAAACCAUACAAGUGUAUUGCAUGCAACAAACAUUUUUCGCAGCAGGGUAAUCUUCUGAAUCACGUGAAAUCUGUCCACUCGAAUCCACGGAGUCAUACGUGCGAAGUUUGCGGAAAGAGUUUCAAUCAGAAAGCGACUCUAAAGGAUCACAGUCUUUUACACACGGGUGAGAAACCUUAUGUGUGUACAGUUUGUGGUAUGGCAUUUACGUUUAGUUCUGCGAUGAGACGCCACAUGUGGACUCAUAAUGGAGGAAAGCCAUUUGGUUGCGAUGUUUGCCUGGCGCGAUUUAUUGGCAAGUAUGAUUUGAAGAGGCAUAUGAGGAUACACUCGCAGAGGCCAAAGUCAAACAAAAGACAAAGUCCGUUCAAGCAGGAUGAUUUGGUUCGUGAAGAACUUGUGAACGAGAUGGUUCUAGAGCAUACGGCCGACAGAGGGACUAUAUUGAUUGAACCUAUGCUACUUGCUGCAGACGAGGCGGAAAUUGGCCGGGAAAAAGAAUCAGAGAGGGAAAAUGUAGACGCCCUUUUCAGCCUUAUUCAAUAUGGUUGAAAUGUUAUUAAUGAGAAUACUGGUCUGAAAUAUUGAAAGUGUUAUCUACCAGUAUUUUUGAACAAAAUAUCUGGUAGGUGGAUUUUACUAAGGAAGGUGUCAUAGUCUGACAGAUAGUGUCCAUUUUUUAAAUGAAUUGUGCAAAUCGUGUCACAAGCAAUUUUUUAUGGGCAUACGGGCGCUUAAAAAACGUGUUGAAGAUGGGAGGCUAUUAGAAAAAUUAAAUUUAUUAAAAAAUUUUAUUAAAGUUAUUUAAAAAAAA